AUGUCGGCGGCAGAAGCAAUCACUACAGGUGUACAGGAACUACGCAUGACAGAGCUGACUGAUCGACGCUUGCGCCAGCUGGCUCGUGAACUUGGUCAAGAAUGGAAAUCAUUGGCUACAUUGCUCGGUUACAAAAAAGCAAAGAUCUUCCAGAUCGAGAAUGAUAAUCCAUGUCAGACACAAGAACAAAUCUUCAGCAUGCUGGUCGAGUGGAGACAACAGAAUCCUUCAAGCCCUGACCAGAUUGAAUCACUGUCAAACCAACUGCGGGAAGUUGGCAGAGAGGAUCUUGCGGAUGAGUUGCUAGGAAAUUUCCAGAGGGAGGACGCGAGGAAACAACAAGGAUUCGCUGAGACUAUGUUCUGCGGUAGGCAUAAGUCACAAAAAGAUGUCUACUGUAAGACGUGUCAAGAGCUGAUCUGCAAGACCUGCUCGUUAAGCAACAAUCAUGAAUCUCACCAGUACUUCACUGUUGAAGAGGCUUCAGAAAGAUAUAAACAAGUCUUGAAAGAUCAGUUGCCAGUCUUCAACACAGACUUGGCCAAAAUAGACCAAGCUUUGAUGUUUAUAUCUCAAGCCGAACAGACAUUCAGCUCCCAACUUACGCAGGCAACGGGCGUCGUGCAAAACAGAGCUGUUCGGGCAGUAGAAGAAGUCAUAGCAGAAGGGAAUCGAGUAAUUGAUGAGCUGAAACAACGAGAAAAGGAUUACCAGCAAACUUUGAACGAGAAAAGGAAAACACUGACUGAACUGCGGAGACGGAAAUCUCAUACGGUGGCUGUAGCCGAGUAUGUCAUGCAGGAAGAAUCAAGCAGCGAUUUCCUUGUCCGCUAUACUGACAUACGCAAGCAGUUCGAAAAGCUUGGUAGCGAACGUCCUCCCAAAAGCGACGUCAAACUUGUAUACCCGUUGUUUCUACGGAGUCAAAAUAUUGGUCCUGUCAAUCUUGGUGAGGUGGUUAUGGAGGACACAUGGGAGCUGUGUCAUAAAUUUGGGAAACAAGGACAAGGUGAAGGGGAGUUUGAAUCAGCCAGAGGCAUUGCUGCUGCCGCUGAACCUGACGAGAUUGCUGUGGCUGACUGGAAGAACGAGCGAGUAGUCAUCUGUGACAAACAGGGACAAAUCAGGGGGUUCAUUUCCGUCAUUUCACACGACGUAAAGGCUAUGUUGGAUGGGUGGGUGGUUGCGAGCAGUCCAGAUGUCAAGGUAUACAAACGAGACAGGACGCUAGCCUAUGAGUUCAGAACAAUUGAUAGUGAAGCUGGUAAGACAACCAUCCACGUCGUGAGUUUUGUACUCCUGAACAAUGGUAACAUCAUAGCGGGGGAUAUCGCGAGGAAGGUGUUGACUGAGCAUCAGCCGGGUAAAAAGGGCAAACUCAUACGCACCAUACCAGUGAGUUUACGACCUAACCACUUGGCUGUACUGAGCAAUGGUUGGAUUGUGAUCAGCGACUUGGAACAGGGACUAGCGGGCAUAGUGGAUGUGUCUGAUGGCAAAGCUGCUGAAGUCGCCACAAUCCAACCUACCAUCGACGGUAAACCAGGGAAACGCUGCGGUGGUGUAUGCAGCAACAGCUCGGGUAUCUACCUUGUGGUGAGCACAGGGUACGUCAACAGCAGUCACAUUCACCACUAUAACUGUGCCGGUCAGUUUGUCAGCUGUGUGGCCCAGGGGCUGUACAACCCCCAAGGAAUCACAUUCACGGUAGAUGGGCAGCAGCUGGCAGUGGCUGACCGUCACUCAGUAAAGAUAUAUCACAAGGUGUGA